UUUUUAAAACAAACAUGGCGGAAGGAUUACGAGUUGGCUCUUUCAAAAAAAGGUUGUACUGUUGAAUGGUUUAGCAAGGAAUGACGGAAUGGUUUAGCAAGUAAUGUAAAGUGUGUUAGUCUGCAGUUUAUAAAUAAUUUACUUUAUUCAUAUUUUGCAGCUGUUUUUUCUUCUUCUUAUAAACGCAUCUCUGCAAGUCGGCUUAACGCCGCUGCAGCCAACAAAAAUAUAUUUUUCUCGGACAUUUUGUUUUAAUGUAGAAGAGGUCAUGAAUACUAUAGAUAUAAUUUGUUAUGCUACACAAAUAGAGAAGCUGCAAAGUGAUGGCGGCUAUGAAGAUAUUAUAACACUAUUGACAGACCUGAACAACGCAUGUGUCACAGUAGAGCAGUUACAGACUACCGACAUUGUUAAGGUCCUUUAUAAACUACUUAAGUUCUGUCCAGUUGUAAGUGCUAGAACAAUGGCAAAGGGCUUGCUUUCAAAAUGGAAGACGUUGUACAAGUUGUCAUCUUUGCUGAAAAGUAAUAACAAAAACAUGUGCGAGGAUAAGGAACUAGACACACUUGAUGCUGAUGUGUCCCACUUAAAUGAAAAGGGCAAUAAGAAUUAAGCAUUUACAUGCAACACAAAACAACAUGAUAUAACGAAGGAUGUAAACCAGGACAACUGCGAUGCAUGCUUAAAUAAGCUGUCUCCUGAAAAGCCUUGUCCAGUAAAAGAUGCUGCAGAAUCUGUUCAGAUACAUUGUGAGGAAGAGAGCUUCACUCUUGGUGCAGCAACACAUAGUCAAUCUGAUACAGAGAAAGAUUAUCAAACCUCAGUUCCUCCUAACACCAGUCGGGCCAGUGCUUCUUCUGACUCCAUGGCAUUGAGAUCCAAAUGUGUCCAUCUGAUUCUCCAGGCUCUUAGUUUAAAUCAGCAAAUACACUCAGAUGUUAUGGACAAACACAAAGUCCUUGCUGAGGAUAUUGAAACACACGUUCAUGCUCUUCACGGACGAAACCAGAUUAAGUACAAGUCCUGUAUCAGGAGCAAGGUGGCCAACCUAAAAAACCCAAAGAACCCUCACCUGCGCCAGGGCCUUAUAUCAGGACACCUGACUCCAGAUGCAUUCGCCCGGAUGUCAGUGGAGGAAAUGGCAGGGGAGGAACUUCGACAGCUCAGGGAAGGUUACACAUCUGUGGGCAUCAGUGAGCAUCAGUUACCAGAGGCAGUGGAAGGGACACCCACCAAUAAAGUUCGCUGCAGGCGCUGUAAGAAUUUGGACUGCAGGGUGACACAGAUCUCACGAGGGACGCUCUUCUUGCCAUCCUGGGUACGGAGUGGCGGUGCAGAUGAUGAUUCAAUGACUUUCAUGACUUGUGCUAAUUGUGGAGAGCAGUGGUACCACAGCAGCUGGGUUUGCCUUUGAGCAAGUGUGUAUGUAUUUAUAACUGUAAUAAAGAUGAAUAGUAGUAUU